AUGAUAUUUCAAGUCGGGUCGGUCGGACGGUCGGUCGGUAGAAAUAAUAAUGCCUCGUCCAUAGUCAAGAGUCAGAGUCAUUCUGCCGUAUCGUCUGCUUUUCGUUCAUCCCUUAAAACAGAUUCGACGAAAUGCAAGACUUCAGGUUUUAACGGGACGGUAGAAAAUCAAGACGAAACAGACGAAAGCCGUGCGAGAAUGGGUGGAAGUUUACGAAGGUCCACGACUCAACCUUUUAAAUCAACCGAAAGUUCGAGUAAUACGGAUGAUGAUAUGAGCGGUGCAACGAUACAAGAAAGGUUGGCGAGAUUAAAAAGAAAUGGAGAAUUGAAUUGGCAGAAAAGAAAAUCACAAAUAACAAAUAUAGAAAAUGAACUUUCAGUCAUCACUUCCGGAAAUUAUCUUUUUAAGGAAAAUAGUUUGUCGAAGAAUGAAAUUCCAUCGCGAUCAAUAUGUCGAAAAGAAAAAGAAGGAACGGAUUUGAAGAGUUCAAUAUUGGCGGAUAGAUUGGGAAAAUUGGAUGCGGCAAAAGAUGGUUGGAAAAAACGGAUUCAACCCUCGGAUGCCGUUCGGUUUUCCGUUGAGGGAAAAAUGUUUGGUAAAACGGAUUCUCAAAUACCACCGCGUCCAUCUUUGUCGAUUUUAUCGACUCAGAGAACGAAACGUAGUCCGAAAGCAGCCAAAUUUAAAAGUAAAAAGUGCAAUAAUUCAUUGAAAUCUAUGCCAUCUUCACCGUGCAACGAACAAUUGAGCAAUCCUAUUUCAAGAUCUGUAAGCGCUCCCGGAAGUGGAAAAGAUGGAUUGUUGAGUUUGUCGUCGUCGUCGUCAGUGGCGGAAGAUGAAAAGGAUGCGAAAGGUUUAAAAGUGAGCGUACCGAAAACAGACGACGAAACUUUUACGUCUUUUUUCAAUGGCGGAUUAUCAUCGGAAAAAAUUUUACGGGAACGCCUUGAAAUAAAUGAUGAAGAUUUAGACCUCGUAACCAAUAUUAAUUCUAGUCAAUUGUUAGUUCAAAAAAAAAAUAUAAAAAUGCAAAGAAGGAGAGUCACUGUAAGGAAUCCAUUAAAAUCAUUAGCAGCACGUUUAGAUUUACAAGAAUAUACGGAAGUUAAGACUGGAGUCGCACAAAAAGAACUUAAAAGGAUCAAACUUGAAAAAGCUGCCAAAAACUCAACUCUCGCUAUUGAAGCUCUUGCAGGUUUAGCUAGUCAAGAAGAUUUUACCGCGAUCACAUUGAAAAAACCCAUGGAAGGAACGAUAUUUCCGGAUUCUCCGUACAAGAGUUUGAUGCUGUUGCAUGUGAAGGGGCGAAGACACGUUCAAACGAGGCUUAUCGAACCCAUCGCGGAAAACGUGAAUACCGGAGAUUGUUUCAUUCUCGUUUCCGGUAAUAAAAUUUUUCACUACGUUGGAAAAUACGCCAACGUGAUUGAAAGAUCUCGAGGUUCGGAAAUUUCUUCGAAUAUUUUACAAAACGGGGAUUUGGGAUGCACGGCGGAUUCCAUCAUCACGAUCGGAGAAUCUGGAAAAGCGACGACGGAACAGAUAAAAGAAUUUUGGAAUUUACUCGGUGGUAAACCCGAUUGCGAGAGAAAAGCCGGAAAUCCAGACGAAGAUGAAUUGUUUGAAUCUUGUCUCGUCGAUACUAACAUGGUAUACGAAUUGAUAAACGAUGAAUUGGUACCGAAUGAAAAUUACUGGGGAUCCAUACCUAAAAUCGAAAUUCUCGAUCCUAACAAGGUUUUAAUUUUUGAUUUUGGAUCCGAAUUUUACGUUUGGAUGGGUAAAAACGUGGGUCCGUCGGUACGUAAAACUGCUUUAAAAGUUGCCAAAGAACUCUGGGAAGAAGGAUUUGAUUAUUUGGAUUGCGCCGUCUGUCCUCUGACGGCAGCUUCUUUUCUGGGCGAAAACGGUGUCAAUCGUGAAAUACCAGAUUCGGCAAAAGCCGGUCCCGUUCGACCGUCUUGGGCUUUAUUCGCCAAAAUCACACAAAAUAUGGAAACUGUUUUGUUUCGUGAAAAAUUUUUAGACUGGCCUGAUUAUUCAAGAGUCAUACAGAAGAGUAAGAAAAACGAGGAAAGUGAACAUAACGGAAGUUUGAAUACCGAUUUCAAAGCUUGCGAUGUCAAGGACAUGAUUGAAAAUGUCGUACCGGAACCGGAUCUCAUAUUGGAAAAUAGUCACUUGGGAAGAGGAAUCAGGUUUUUCGAUGAAGAAACCAGACGUUGUUCGGAAAUAUCAACUCGAGAAGUUACUGUUUGGCACAUAAACGAGUACGAAUAUUCUGAAGUUCCAUCGAAAUCGGUCGGACAGUUUCACGAAGAAGACAGUUACGUCAUUAGGUGGCACUACACCAUCACAAUCACGGGUCGGGAAUUGAGUGGUCAACCUUCUAAGCAUUUCACAACCGGAAGAGAUCGUUACGCUUAUUUUUGCUGGCAAGGUGCGAAUUCUCCAGUGAACGACAAAGGAGCAGCUGCGUGUCUCACAGUUGAACUGGACAAAGAACACGGUCCGCAAAUUCAAGUGGUUCAAGGUUUCGAGCCUCCAGCUUUUUUAAAUCUUUUUCAAGGGAAAAUGAUCGUGCACGGAGGACGACGAUUCUCCGAAGAGGUUUCCACCGGACCCUGGAGAAUGUUUAUUUGCAGAGGAGAAACGGAAUCGGAAGCCGUUUUGUUCGAAGUGCCUUGUAGCAUGCGUCAACUCCGAAGCGUCACUUCUUUUGCCCUAAUAAAUAAUUCUACUGGAAAAAUUAUCGUUUGGCACGGAUGGAAAUCUUGUGAACACACGAAAAGGGUGAUUUUACAUGCUGUCAAUGAAAUUCAAAAAAAUAUGUACGAUGAAUUCAAAUUUGAAUCAUCGAAAAUUACCAUUCGAGAAGAAAUGGAAGGAAGCGAAUCACGUGACUUUUUAAACGCCGUCGGUGGAGAUAACAGGAAAUUGUAUUUCAGUCUGCUCGACAAUGAUGAUUUCGAAGUUAAAACUCCGAGACUUUUUCAUUUGACGAGCGUGUCUGGAGAAUUUCAAUUCAAUGAACUAGCUUCACCUUAUUUGACCAAAAACGUUCCGACUCCAUUUCCAUUUUUACAAAGCGAUCUAUAUUCAGCUUCACAGCCGGCCCUAUUCCUUCUCGAUUCACCUUCCGGUUUGUGGUUGUGGCAAGGUUGGUGGGAUAAUAACACGGAAAGCGAUAGGGGAACCGGAAACGUAAGAUUUCAAGCCGAAAGACGAGCCGCCAUGACAACUGCUCUUGCCUAUUGGGAUCACAAGAAUAAAAAUUCACCACCGGAAGUGUAUCUGGUGUGGGCCGGUUUGGAACCUUUGGUUUUUACCAAUCAGUUUCCGUUUUGGACGAAUCGCGACGAUGUAGCCGAAAUAAACAUUCAGGAUGGUAAAAAACCUGGAGAAAUUCUUUCGGUUAAAACGGAAUUGGAAAGUUUAACGCAAUCUUAUUAUCCUUUGUCGCAACUUCAAAAUCGUCCUUUGCCAGACGGUGUUAAUCCGACGUCUUUGGAAGAUUAUUUAAAACCACAAUGUUUCCAGGAAUUAUUCGGUUUGGAAAAGGAAGAAUUUAUCAGGAUGCCAUCAUGGAAAAAAAAGAAAUUAAAACAAGAAGCGGGACUUUUUUGA